GGCAGGGUCUAAGUAAUACUAGAAGUUACUAUUAUCUAUUUAUAUUCGUAUUAAAAUGGGUCAAAAGCGCAAAAGCGAAGACUCCAUGAAGUCAGACACUCCGGCGAAAAAAGAAGUCCCGGAGUUCAAUGGGACUGUAUUCAAAGCCAUGCUGAAGCAGCCCACCACCGCCAUGAAGGGCCUGAUCACAUUCAUAUCAACCGCUAAGAAGCUGCCAUGCACAGACCUGUACGAUGUGGUGGAAGGUUAUAUUAAAAUAUCUAUGGAGUGUGCAGAAAUAUUCAAAUUGCUAGAGAGCGAAACGCAUCUAGAGAGCGAGAUGAUACUGAUCUUUGAGAGCUUGGAGAUGAUCCUUCUUAGGACAGCGAGUGACUUGUCCCACUUCAGCAUGGUUGGCAAUGCUAUCGUGAAAAAGACUCUUUCGAGCUACGUAAAACUACUGCAGGGUUCUUUCCAUUCAGAAAAUCACAGGUUUGUCCGUCAGUGCCUCAGUCUCCUGUCCGCCUCGGUCACUCAGGGUCCAGAAGCUGCCAGAGAGAUCCUAAGUCACAUUCACAUAAAUAAAGCUCUGUCUGGACUGGCGAAGAGAAGGGAUAAGAGGGGAAGACCUGAUAUCCGCAUGUCGUAUAUCCAGUUUGUGCUGUCCUUUUUGGUGUCUGGAGAUAAUGCUACAGUUGGACAGAUAUUAGAAAGCAAAGAACUCCUGCCGGUGAUCCUGAGCACAGGUCUGAAGGAGGACAGGAUGUCCAUGGUCAAUCUGCUUUUGUCCACACUGAAGAGUAGCGUUGUGCUUAACAAGGCCAUAAGUAAAACACAGAAAGUGCGCUUCUUCACACCUGUUGUACUGGCCAACAUAGCAUCUCUGUAUAAAUGGAACGGGAUUGUGGAUGCAACCACUGAUGAUGACGACCGACUGUUCGAGGACUCGGAGCAUGCUGGGGUAUCGGUCAUUCGGGAACUUACUCACGGUUUCCUUCUCGACCUGUGUUGCUCUCGUAAGCAUGGGAUCAGCUUUCAUGAUGCCAGCUUUGGCACAGCUGGCAGAGCUGGCAACAUUGUCUUGCUUCAGUUCUUGGUGGGGCAGAAACAGGCGACGGAGGAUGAUUUGGUGAUGGAUCUGGUGGUGAAUGUGCUGAAAGCUAACCCCGACAUACUGGCCAGAUACUUUCAAGAGACUCAGUAUUCAUACGCCCCCCGCCUCAAAAGUGCUUGGCAGGACAAUGUCAAGUUACUUAAAAAGAUCUACGAAGCCCAGUCAGAGAUUUCCACAGUCUUCCAAACUGGUGAGGUCAUCCCCCUCCCCCGGCUGCUGUCCAUGAUCAUGAUGAUAUCUCUUCCUCCGGUCUGUAACAAGGCCUUCUUCACACACGGGCUUAAUUUUCCCAACACAGCAGUGCAGCUCACAACUCUGUCCAUGCUGAAUUUCGUCUUGAAAAGAGCCAAUACAAAUCUGGAGUACCUAUUGGAUAAGUCUCAGUGGCACAGCUCAGAUGUAUACACUCUUGACAUGAUGGUGGAUUUGGUACUGCAGUACAGGGAGACUUUAAGCAAGAUUUUGCCCGAUAUAACGAGCAUCGUUUCACAGUGGCAGUUGCUUAGCAAGAAGGAAAAGACAGAUGGCGAAGGAAAAAAGACCAAAACAGAAGGGAGUGCUGAACAGACGGAUAAUAAAGUGCCUGCAGUUGUAGAGACAGCUGAGGUAAUCCUGCAGAAGACUCUGAUUCUUCAUGUCAUAUGUCUUUACCAGAAGGUAGUGCCACACCUGGUGAGCCAGAGCAGAUUUGACUUCAGCAAGCUCUUAAAAGGGAUUGUGUCAGAGAAAGGAAUGAGAGAAGAAGUUCCCCCGGUGUUGCAGUAUCAGAUACUGCAAUUGGCUUUAGAUCUUCCCGCCAGCAAGUUCUCCUGGUUUCGCAUACAGGAGGUUGCAGAUGCAGAAUCAUCGUCUGGAGAGAAGUCGGUACUUUACCUGCUUCUCAAGAUGUUUGUCAGCAGCAGCAGCAGCCACCUGAAGACAUCCACACAGAUGCUGGUUCUUAAAGUGCUAAAGGACAGUGGGGUGUUUGAGUACACCUGGACUGAGCUUGAGCUUUGGCUCGACCAGCUGGCCAGAAUAGAGGCACACCAACAAGAGACCGUCAUCAAGUUCUUGGAGAGGGUAUUCGUGAAGUUGGUGUGUAAUUCUUACACAUACACAGACAAGGUUGCCAGCCUAGUCCAGGAGGCAGCUUAUCUGCAAGCGAACCUGAGUAGCCAGGAGGGCGACGCUGUCAGCAUCCCAGUCUCACACAUAGAUGAUGUCUUAGACAUGCUGGAUGUGAUUCUGGAGGGUAAUGAAGGUGAGAUGGAGGAGCUCGGGCCAUCUCUGAGUGAAGACCUCAUUAUCCAGACAUUUCCAUUCAGUGUGAUGGUACCUGCAGCUCUGGAGGCCCGGAACAAACUGCCAGCGGACACGGGGGUAGUAUAUGAGUACUUGUCUGCAGUGCUUUCAGAUGUCCUGCACUGUCAGAGAGAGCCGCUCGCCCUCUGUUUGGCCCUGCUGCAGUACGAUAAACAGCUUGUGACCGCAGAGCUCUCUGCAUCUCCUCAUCCCUCCGUCAUACACCUUCAUCAGUAUUACUCCAAAUGGCUGCCACAGCAGUGCCGGGAGCAACUGUUCAAGUCCUCUGAAUGCCAUUUAAAGGCAUUGCCAACCCCCGUCUCAUUCCCUGCACUGAUGAAAGAUGCGUUUAGCCGAGGACCGAGCACUUUGCUUGAGGCCACCUUCAGGGAGAAUGUGGAAGGAACUCUAGCUUCCAUGUUGAUCACUGAUUUUCCAGUAGCUAUCAAGCAGAUGUUACUAUACAUCAAAUCAACAGUGGAAAACCUUGGCACGUUCUCCAAAGACGUAGGAACUGCCCCUCUCAAGACUUUGAUGGGAAUACUGCUGGAUCUGGUGACCAUGCUACAAGGCUUUCAGAAGAACACAAGUUCUGAGCCGGCAGCAGAGACCUCCAAAGAGGGAUCGGACCUCUUCCUAGAAAUCAACCAGUUGUCCACUGUAGAAGGCAAUAAGGAGCAGAUCCUUGUUUCUGCCCUCGACUCCAUCUUCAAGCAUCCGUGUUUUGAGCAGUGGUUCCUGUCUCUGGAGCUGGCUGCUUUGCCUCCUCACACUCUGAACCCCGUCCGGCUAAAGCAUCUGUGUGCUCAGCUGAAUGAUGGCAUUCUGGCCUUGCUGAAGACCAGCACCCCCACUCUCCAUGAUCUGGGUCGCCUGGAUCUUAUAGGGAGCUACAUGGGAGCUAUAGAAAGGGCUGUGCUCAAGGAACUGACGGAGAAGGGCUCCCAGGCAACAAAGAGACAGUCCAGACCUUUCCAGGCCCUCCUGUCUUUGCACAGCUACAUGCACUCCAGCGAUCUCAGAGAGGUGGUUUCCAAGUUGCUGCUCCUCCCCCAGGAGAGCCUUAUCUCCGCCGGCAGUGAGGGAACACAAGCCGAGCUCAGCGUCUACGGUCACGCAGCGCUGCAGAUCCUCACAGAGUCUAAAGCUCAGCCUUCCCAGGACCACGGCAUCUGUCUCUCUCAAGCACACCUCCGUGGCCUGAGCACUCUGCUGCUGUCCUGCUCCAGCUCUGCUCUGGAGGCCUUCCUGUUGCAGACUCUGUCUCGUGAGCCUGGCAGCGCGAAGCUGAUCCACACCGAUGUGCUGCUGCACUGUCUCCAGUGGCCUCUCCCAGCCACUCAGGCCAUCAGCGCUCUGCUGCUGCAGAACUGCUCCACACACCGCCUCUGCUUUGAGCUGUGGUGCUUGGAGCCCGCAAACACGGAGAAGCUCUCGGACGAGACGGAAACAUUCCUUCCACUCGUCAACACCUACCUCCAGGUGGCAAGUAGAGAGGAUCCUGCCAGACCUAAAGAUGUGCAAAAAGAGGUUUUAAAGGUCUUGAAGAAAGCGCUGCUCGCCAAAUUGUCCCAAUGUGUUCUGGGAAACCUGACGGAAGAUUCUGGAGCCCAGCUUGUUGAAACACUAGCCAACCUGAUCAAGCUCUGUGCCAACAUCAAGGACACCAUGGACCUAAUCAACACUCUGCCCAGUGCUCUUCAGAAAGUGGACAGUUUUGAAAGGUGGCAACUAGUUGAUGUCAUCACUGAGAAACUGGCUGAUUGCCCCGAAGAACAAGAAACCUGGAGGAAGUCUGUCGUCACGGCGGCCCUAAAGUGUCUUCUAGCCGCUUUCAGUCACUCUAAAGAUCCGGCUGCUUUGUGGUCAAAGCAGGAGCAGAGCCUCCUGGAAAGACUGCAAGGACUCCUCACAUCAGCUGAAGACAUCACUGCAUCUGAAUGGAACAGCUUCGUCAAGAAUGGACUGAAAUAUCGCUACAGAGAUCAUCACUUUCUGAACACACUGAGCAACCUGUUGGGAGUGAUGUACGGGAGCAGUGAAGUCCACAAGGAUCUGAUUCCUUUGUCCACCCUUCACAUGAUGACCAGCAGCCAUUCUCUGUUCCUGCCCACCAUGUUGGGCUGUGAUGAAGAGCCUAGCCGGUGUCAGACUAAAGAAGCGCUGGUGUCCCUACUUCUCUGUUUGGUGAAGAAAAGCCCAACAGUCUGUAGCAUGAACCACUUGGUGGUACUGUUGGGAGCAUACGGAGUUACACUGAGUGCUUCAGAUCAGAAACUAUUACUGCUUCUGCAGGAAUAUGAAAGAAACAAUGUCAGUCUGCUGAAAUUUCAGUCGUUCUUGUGGGGCCCAGCAGCUGUGGAGCACCACAAGACCAGGAAAAGCCUCGGAGCUUCUUUGUGGAAGCAAGCGAGCUCAGACGACCUGUUGGCCCUGCUGAGAAGUGACCGGAUGCUCCAAACGAUUGCACACUUUCCCCAGCAACGCAGAAUCAUCCAUCAGGAUAAUAAAGAGCUGAUGUACUGUAACAAUGCAGGAAAGGACCUUGAGAAUUUGUAUGAUCCUCGUUUUCUUUUGCCUCUGUUCAGCACCAUCCUGCAGCCAGAGUGUGUGAUUGACUGCCUCAAGUUUGUAUCCAGUCAUGCCCUCGGAUUAACCGUGAUGGCUCUAAGUAGCUACGACCCAAAAGUGCGAGCGGCAGCGUACCACGUGCUCAGCUGUUUCUACCUACACUUGGAGGGAGCUCGGGUCAGAGAGAAGAGACAGUUGCUGUAUCUGAUGGACAUAGUGAAGAAUGGAGUUCGGGAGCCGAAUCAAAGACUUCCGUUUGUCCUGACCACUUACAUCGCCAAAGUGGCCCAGCAGAUGCUGAAACCUGAGGACCACAUGUACAUGGUGUUGAACAGGUUCCUGCUGUCCCAUCAGAGUUUGGAUUUCAGAAGAGUCCCUGAGUUCUUCAAGUUAUUCUACGGCUUUGACUUGGAGCAUAAAAGGGAACGGGAGUGGAUCCUGUGUGUGCUGGAGGAAGGGAUAAGUGAUGGACACUGCUAUGAACUAUGUGAACAACAGGGCAUCUUUCAGUCCCUUUUAGGUUUCAGCAGCAGCCCUCUGUGUGACGAACGCUGCCAGGCACAGAUUAUCAGGGUGUUGUGCCAGGCCGCCCGUGUGACUAGAGCAGCUUAUAACCUCACCAAGAGCUGUGGGCUUCUAGUCUGGAUAAUACAGAUGGUUGAAAAAAGGAAUCUAGACCAGCAGCUGCUGAGUGCCAUCAUAGAUCUGCUCCAUGUGCUGUGGUUUACCAACCUUGGGCAGAAGGAGACCCCGGUGGAUGGAGCCAAGACCACCUCCUCUACAGAGGAGAAACCUCAGAGAUCAGGGAAGUGCCUCCCACUUCCACUCAUCAAUGAGUUUCUGUGUGUGGCAACAACUAUCUGCCGUCACCUCAGGUUGCGUGUGAAGGCCGCUCAGCUCAGCUCGUUUCUGCAGACUCUGCGCUCCGUACUGAAGCAUUAUGGGACAGCGGUCAAUGCCAACAAACAGGCUGACUGGCUAACGCUCCACCCACAGCCUCUCUCUUGUACCGAAGCCCUCAGUCUGCUUCUCUGUUGGGCCUCCCUGUCCCGCGACACGCCCCUCCUCACCCACGUACAAACCGUGUGUGAAAAACACAGAGUGCGGGAAUUGCUGGGGAUGAGGAAGGAGAAGACCAGAGGUAAAGGCUCCUUUUUCCAGAGCCACACACGAAAAGAGAACCUGGCAGGAGAUGCCGACGCUGAGAAACGAGAAGAGAGUCUCCUGAGAGAGUGUCAAUGUCACCUCGUCGGUAUCCUCGCUCACUGGGAGCCUGUGUUCCCCCUCUCUGCACCCCAGCCGGCUGAGCCAAGAGACAAACCGGAUCCGGGUCAGUUGGCUGGAGAUGCUGCCCACCUGCUCACCAAGUGGUCUCUGAGGUGCUUGGUGGAGGACUCGUAUGACGAGAACCGAACAAACGAGUUCUUGCACUGGGUGGAAAAGGCUGUGAUGAAACACAGGGAAACUGUGAAUGCUGUGCUACUCGAUUCUAGCAUGAAAGCGGACAUCCUUCGACUCUUCCAUCAGGCCUUUGAAGCUCAGGGUCAGUCCAGCAUUUCAGCAAGAGUGGAAACCCUCCAUUUGUUUACCACCAUUAUGAUCCGUUUCCUCGAAGCCCAAGGCCACCUUCCAGAGCUGCAUCAGGCGGUCGUCUCUGCCUGCCUGCCAGGAGACGCUCAUGAUCAGGCUCGACGUGUCGCGGGGCUGUUCCUGUGUUCUUCGUACAUCCAUGAGCUGUGGAGUGGAGCCACGUCAGCAGAGCUGUUGCUGUCUCAUGUCACUUUGGUGACCAGAGCCAAGAGUAAGAAACAGAAAGCAUCCAAAUCAGCAGUGACUCAAACAGCCAUCAGAGCCGUCUGUAAUGAAAUCAUGACCACGAAAAGCUAAAUAUUACAAGGGAACAUUACUCCAAGAAAGCUUGUAUUUAUUUACUUAGCUGCUUUGUUUAUUUCUUGUAAAAAGAUUGAAAGUAUCUUCUAAAAUCAUCUGUUAUAAAAGAGUUACAAAUGUGUUAAAUAUGUAUCUUUUAUUUUAAUUCUGCAUGUAAUUGUAUGUGAAAAGGUUUUUUAUAACAAAAGGUGUGGUGGACUACAUUUAAGAAAUUGGAGCCAAUUCAUGAUGAAGCACAAUAAUAUACAGAACUCUGAACUACUAGCGCAGAGUUCACAAACUGCAGAGUAACGGUCACAAUAAUAGUUACAUCUGUUCAGGUAGCCUUGCAUUUCAUUGAUAGUCAGUGAAAUGGAAAGAAAGAAGAAUAAUUGGAUAAUCUUUCUUAAACACUGCUUCAAAACCUACAAUUCUUUGUUUCCUCUAAGAUCUUCACAGUUGUGUUUUCAUUAUUCAGAUUUUAAUUAUUUCUCCAUUGUCUAAUUUUUUUUACAUUUCUGUACACGUGCAUUAAAAGUGCUUCGGCCCCAUGUCAAGCAGUUGAUGUUCUGUGGCGUCUUCUGAAUCUGUGACUUCUGCAACAAUAAUAAAAAAACAUUUUUAAA